UAUAUAUCUAACUAUAAGACCAAUAACAAUGGUCCCACUGUCCCGUGGUCCCGUAUCCGGGACACCGCCUGCCCGGGACUGUCCCGCGUCCCCGAGCCCCGACCCACGGGACUCUGGGACCCUCCUGAUUGGUCCACCCAAAACAGAGUAUGCCCCACUAUUGUGUAUUUCCACAGGGAUUCGUAACAUUAUCCCAAUAGGACCAACCGACUGAGUAAGGAAAAAUAUAGAUAAGAAUAAAGAAUAAAGGAAAUAGAUCAAUCUUUGCUGACUUCUUCUGGCCAUUUUAUUGUACAAAUCAUCGUACUACUAAGGAAGUCCCC